AUGUCAUUCACAAAUUUGUUGGAAAAGUACGAUUUCAAGCUUGCCCUGGCUUCAGAAGAGUACAAGCAACGCAGAAAAUAUCAGAUGGCAUUAUUCAUGGCGUCCGGUGCUGCGACAAUAUUUGCGGCUAGAUUUGCUUUCAAGUCAACUAUGGCACGCCAGUAUGUUCCAACACUUUUCCAGGGGAACCAUCAGCCGCCAACCAGCUACAACUUUACCACUGAUGCAGCGGUGGCUGUGGGAACAGGUACUGUUUUGUGUGGUAGUGUUUCGUCAAUGAUCAUUUUUGGAACCUGUUGGAUGAUGGAUGUCUCAACAUUCAAGGAGUUUGGCUGGAGAAUGAAAACGGUUAUGGGAGGCUACGAGAAGCAAAAGCAGUUGGCACAGAUGCCUUUGGAUGAGGAGAGCGAGAUCAUCCAGAACGGUCUUAACGACAUUUUGGAGGGCAAGUACGAUGACAUUGAGUAA